GAAAACUGCGGCUAUUGGUCAAUUGAGCCGAAUCAUCCAAAGAGCAGAACUUCUUGCACCUUAGUAACAGACGCGCCUCCCCAGAUCAGCACAAUGGAGAGCUCCAACUUGUGGCCGAGAGUUCUGGUUUGCGCUGCGCUGCUGUUCCUUCUAUGCGGUGCUGAAACUAACGAAUCAGAGAUGGAAGGGGAUUUGGAAACGAGAGCAGUACAGGACUUCUAUCAACAAAAUCCAAAUCUAACGAGCGAAAAACGUCUUCUUGGAGCUCUACACGACGUUCUCGAAAAACUGCAGACCAAAAGAAUUUCCCCAUGGGAGAAGAAAUUUGGACAAGUUCCAACUUGCGACAUGGGAGAGCAUUGCGCAGUGAGGAAAGGGGCACGCAUCGGCAAGAUGUGCGACUGUCCGCGCGGGGCGUUCUGCAAUUUCUUUUUGCUGAAGUGCUUGUGAAUAUUUUGUCAUUGCGUUAGGUGAAGUUAGUUUAUAAAUCGUUGUCUUUGAUGUAGCAUAGCUAUCUAUAUUGUAAAUUAAAGACGUCGGUUGUUUUUUUAACGGAAUGUUGUUCUCGCUUCACUGUAACAUUGGUUAUAUGUUGGUCUUUACAACACAACAUAAUGACUUAGAACAGUAAAGGCUAUUAGUUACCUUAGCUUGACCAUCUUAUUUUUUUCAUCCGUGUAGUAUAACCCUAGUUUACAAUGUUCUCAGCAGAGCCCUCACGAUGCCAGGACACGUGCUACAUUCAAAAGCGAAAUGUCGAACUUAAUUUUGGUUUCGACAGUCUUUUGGCGAAAAGCCGUGCGUAAUGACGCACAAAUACUCAAGAUUCCGCACCAACCGUUAAGUCUGAAGUAAAAUUACCAUGAUCUGCCUACUACAGGCAAAGGUGACAAUGGGUAUGGGUGUUUAGUGCACAACAUGCAAAUAUCACUGGUCCAGGUAUGUGCUAGUUUCUAGACAAACCUUUUUGUCAGCUUGAAAGAUUUGUCCAUGUGGACUACAAAACCAUUGAAUACAAUAAUUACAGAAAACAUUCUUACUGUGCCAAUUUCAGUUCUCCAAAAACACGUAAAAAUCUGGAUUGGCAAAUUGAUGUGGAUUUACAUUUAUUGAAUGGGUAUAAAGCCCUUAGACUAGUAGUAUAUUUUAUUUGGUAAGCACUCCCAAGUUCUCACAUCAAAGGGAAUAUUAAGCAAGGCUGCAGCUUGCCAGUGGCCAUACGCUUGCUGUCCGCUGAAAUUAUAUCCAACAUUUCCAAAAGCAUGCCCGUCAUCCAAAUCAAAUUGCUGACAAGCAUCGUGUUCCACAUCGAAAUGAACUCACAGGACAAACGGGUCUCUUUUUUGUUUUUUUACUUUAUUAAGAGAUAUUAACAAAACGCCUAGACUCCUCGAGGUGUCUUGAAGUUCAUUCCAACAGUGGGCUGGGUGACCUGUAGGUUGGACAGUCCACCAAAGUCCUGCAAGGAUUGAAAGCAAUACAUAUACUUUGCUUAGACAAAGAUUACACUGAGGAGACAUGUAGUUGUGCAUGGGAAUCAUGUUUGAAAGCUACAGGGUUUAUCUGGAACAAGCAUUCCAAUAAACACGGGAAAGCUUUCAAUGUUUUUUUUCCUGUACUAUCAAUGACCUGGCAACUGUCAUACCAUAGUCACUUUCGAUACAGGGUUUAGAUGACAUGUGCACCAUGAUCAGGUCACCAGACUACACUGAGCACCAACGUCUUGGACAGCACCGGUUCUUUGGUUUUGCUUUUCAUCACAAUCAAACUGGUAGAACAAGACUAAGGACCCAAACACUUCUGGACAUAGGCAUGUCAACAUCUACUGUAUGUCAACUACACAGCCAGCAGAACACCAGAGGGUUCACUACUCAAUACUAGUAAGCUCUAAAAGAAAGGCCAGGUUACCAUUUGCCCAAGUACCUAAAAGGAAAUGCCUAUGAUCUGAAGCAUAUCACAUUGGUGUAGUAGUAUUGUCAAUGUCACAGAUACAAGCAGGAACUGAAGACAGAACAGACAUGAAGGAUUGUCUCCACACCCAGCAUCUGGUUCCAUCUGUGAUCACAGACUUGUCUCAAAUGAUUUAAGACCAAGUAUUAAAACUCAAUACUUUGUGACGAAUUAUAUUGUCCAAGGACUUUGGUGGUUUUAAACAGGGGGACCAAGUACUACGUUGUCCAAUUCAUACCCUUUCUGAAACAUUGGCACUCUAUCAAGUGUUUGGUGCUAAUAUACAUCUAUAUCUACAUAAACACGUGGUCCAGU